AUGACUGAAGCAAUUAACGAAAUGCAUCACUGCGGUCAAUUAACGUUGAAAGCUUCUCUUGUCGAGGAUCCAAUCGGAGAACUCGGAUUGGACGGAGGGGUUAGUGUGGGAUUCGGUUGUGGCAGCCCUUAUAGACAGUUCUUCGUUCUCCGCGCGCCAAUCGUCGCAUCGCUUUUGGCGAUCGCGUUUCUCGAUUCGCGAUAUUUUCACCGGAAAUCACCGGAAAUGGUUUACCUCAAAAUCCUCACGGCUGUCAUCGCCAUAUUUCUCGGGACAGUCGCAGUUGACAGCGCAAGACUUAAGAGGCAGAGUAGCGUUUCACCACAGAAUGGAGCCGUGAUCGAUAGUAUUUUUAAUAUCCCAAUCACUGCGAUUAAGCAAACUUCUGCAGCUGCUCAGUCAUUUUCACCUGAAAACAGCGGGACUAUUGACAGUGUCUUCAAGAUUCCAAUUACCACUUUGGAAGCAGUAGGAAAUUUAAUAAAAAAUAGAUCACCUCAAACACGCCAAGAAGUUCAAGAAGAACAACAAAGGCGCCAGCAGGAGAAAAAAGAAAGAAUAAUUGAAAAACGAGAGCACCAGAAAUAUCAGAAAAUUCAACGGGAUGAGUUGAAAAAGAAAAAAAUUCAACUUCAAAAGGAGAGGUACUUCAGCCAUAAGGAUCCAUUGGGAUUUAAUGCUUUAACCAAUCUUUUGGUUGGUCACCAUGGAAUAUUGGGAGGUCAUGGUGGACAUGGAAAUCAUGGAGUUCACCAAGGUUUAGGUGCAAUUUAUGAAAGUCUUGGAAAUCUUGUUGGUAAUGGUGGUCAUGGUAGUCACGGUAGUCACGGUAGUCACGGUAGUCACGGUAGUCACGGUAGUCAUGGUAGUCAUGGUAGUCAGGGAGGACAUGGCGGACAUGGAGGCAGUCACGAAGGUCAGGGAAGUCACACUUACGAAGUUCAUGAAUACAUUGAUGAACCGCCAUUUAUUUGGCCUGGCUGGCCCAGUUUUGGACACGUUUUCGGCUCACAAUCUUUAUCUUCAGAAGAAAAAAUUGAAAAUAAAAUAGCACCAAAAGAUAAUAGCAAAAAUAUUGGUACUCCUGAGCCAAACGUUGAAACCCAGGAGAGCAAAGUGAACCCUAAAGAAUACAAAAAAUACGGAAAAUCAACACCCAAAAUGGAAAGGAGAAGUAGCAUCAGAUUUGAAAGUGAUCCAGCUCCUGAAGAGCAUAGAAGUUCUUCAAAAAAUUUUUGGCCCACAGACUAAAUAAAAAAAAUUUUUAAUGUAAAAAGCACGAGUGAUUAACAUGAAAAUAAGUAUUUCAAAUUAAAGAAAUAAAUGUUAUAUAAAUUAAUGUACACUUUUCAACAUGUACAAAAAUUAUUUUGAGAAUAUUAAAUAUUGAAACACUUAUUUUUAUGUUUACAUUCUAUUAUUAUUUUUAUUUUGUAUUUGUGUGGCAGCCAUAGAAUCAAUGUGUAUGUAAAAAUGUGUUAUACUAAAAAGUAAUUUAAUGUAAUUUACAAUAUAAAAAACCAAACUUGCCUCUGUAUAUAAAAA